UGUAAUUGUAGUCUGGUCCAUGGAAUUCUCAGAUUAUAUACUGGUGGUGGUGGGAGGAUGGAUGGACAUCAGUAGUAGUCAUAAACUACAAUCGUAAAAGAGAAAGUCCAGUACUUAUAUACUCUUAUCUGUGAUUGGCCAGAGCUAAUACUGUAGUUAUGUAUGAAUAAUUUGACAUUAGCGUCUUCCUGGUAGAACUUUUACUGAUGCUUUCAUUUCUGUAUCUUGGACGGUCUGAGAGUGAAAACAUUUUCAGCAAAUGUUUGGUCCACACUCAAAGGUGAAUCAGAUCUAACGUCAGACAUCUUACUCUGCUCAACAUCACAGUUGAAUCGACGGCAGUGUCCUAUCCAGACAUUAUCCUGAGAGAUAAAAGACCAUGUAUGCAGUUGUUACCUUUCAAGACUCAGAUGAGUUAAUGGUGGUGCCAUCAAAUUGGUUGAGCUCAGACAAGAAACACUGUUACUGGCCUCCAUUCAAAUCCACAGAGAAGUGCAUGGAAGCUGUUGAGAACAAACUUAACCCUGAAACAGAAGGGAAACCAUGGGAGAAACUAAGCAUUAGCUUUCUUGUAGAAUAUGGCACGUUUGAGAAGGCAAAAGAGGUGCAUAAAGAAUGGUCAUAUCCAUUAGACACUGUAUUACCUGGAAUAAAAAGACAGAGACUUGAAGGCACUCAAGGAAUGUCAAAUAAUCAGCUACAACCACUUCCUCCAGUAACACCUGCAUCUAUAUCCAGAAUGUCAGCUGAUGACAAGGUUGAAAUCCUCCAAAUGCUGAGAGACAUCAAGAGCAAGGUGCAGGAAAACUCUACCAUGUUAAAAAAAAUACUCAAAGACAAUACGGUUUCUGAAGCCUCCAGCAGUACAUGCGUGCCUUCAAAAAACCUUAAAGCAAACCUAAAACUGCCUCUUAGAACCCUUGACGAUGUGGGCAGGACUGAAAUGGAGCUCAAGAAUGCAACAACACGCAAAAAAUAUGUAAAAUAUUUGUCAAGUCUUGGAGGUCAUAUGCCCAAGGACGUGAUUAAGAAUAUUAUGCAGCAAGUCCUAACAGAUGAUCUGGCUAUACAUUUCAACUGGCAGGGGAGAGGAGAUAAAAAGGCCUUCUCUCAUCUCGUGUUAACAGAUGUGAUCAGAGAUGCUGCAUUAAAACGAAAUGUAAACAGGAGUGACUGUGAAACUGAAAUAAAAAAAUAUCUGAGUUACGCAGCUAGUCGGAAGAGACCAAGAGAACAAGGUGGUCCUGGGCAUGAGAUUCCAAAUGUGAUUUCUACCUCAGUGAUGGACAACCAGCCAAAGAGGGAAGUGCCUUGGGACUUUUUUGAUUAAUGAGUUUUUGAUAGGGAUGCACCGAUACCACUUUUUCCAGAACGAGGUCGACACCGAUACUUUUAUUCUUGUUACUUGCAAAUACUGAGUACCGAUACCUGUAUUUUUAUUGCAUUUGUAAUUUUUAAAAAUAAUGAAUAUGUAUAAUGUUAGUUGGCUUUGUUCAUUUAGCAAAUUAUAUUUCCUUCAGUUAUUUUCAUACUUAAUUGUGCCCAUUAAAAUGUAUUCUACAAGCUUUUGUUUCUUUCGCUUUUAAUUUGCUCUAUGGUACUUCAUCUUUAAUUUAAUAGCACAUUAGAGCUGCUCCAUUACAGCAGCUCAGUAGGUACUGUAAUCACAAGGCAUUUUCCUGUAAUAAUGUAAGGAAUCACUCCUUAGACUAUUGCUUACAUAAAUAUUGUAACAGUGAUAAACAUAUUUUCUGAAAUGUAAGUCGCAAUCAUCUGAAACGUGCUGCAACUUGUAUUCCAAAGCGACUCAUAUAAUGCAUAAUCAAUCAAUCAAUAAAUAAUAAACAAUAAUUUAUUUUUUAUUUUUUUAAAGUAGCCUAUAUCUGUCUUUUCCAGUGUUUCAUCAAAUUGCAUGUGAUGAUUUCAUUCAAAAUAAACCAGAAUCACAGA